AUGAAUUUCGGCGUUCUUGAAAUCGCGCCCGCAAAAUACGUACCAGCCCCCGGCUACGCAUAUGUACCUGAUGUAUCCAAAACGCCGCAGAUAGGAUUACAGCCCUCAGCGCGCCGCGCGCGCGGCCCAGCAGGUGCGGGACUGGGCGCGGAAACAACGAAGAAACAGGAUGCGAAGAUUCUAAGAGAGUUGGCGCAGUUGGAUAGGGAAAAUCAUAGGGAUGUUAAUAUACCGGUUACGGGAGGAGGGAGAGGAAAGGAGGGCGGGAGAGGAAACCAAACCAAACUCACCCCCUCGGUCCGCAAAAUCCUCGCCUCCCAAAAAACAUUCGCAAACCAUCUCUCUGAUUUCGAAGCCCUCUCUUCUCUUCCCUCCUCCACAUCUAAUUCCACAUCCACUCCUCAACAACCCGCAACACCUACUCUCUCGACCCCCAAACUCCCUCCCGUCCCCGGCUUCACCAGCACCGGAAAACGCAGCCACAAGAGAAAAGAACCGCUCCCCCCCGUCCUCGACCCCCCCAAACGCAGCCACAAAAAAAAAGAUCCCAAUGCGCCGGUGAUUUCCACACCGUUGCGAAAAAUGAGCACUCCGGUGAUAAAAGCCGAGUCUCCAGCUACGAAUCCCACACCCGCGAUAUCUACUCCGGCAGAGACAACAUUCGCGCCAUUUUUGUGCUCCUUGCCGCCUCCCAAACCACACCCCAGAGAUUCCGAUCCGUUGCUUGUUUCGCGGGUGCCGAAUCUGCCGAGUGUGGAGGAAAUGCAGAGAUUGCUGGAGAUGCCGCCACUUAGUUAUACGGAGGCGAGAGGGGGAUGGACGGAGGAGGAUCGUAGGAAACCGGGGAGAGUUUUCUGUGAGGUGUGUGGGUAUUGGGGGAGAGUGAAGUGUAUGAGGUGUGGAGGGAGGGUGUGCGCGUUGGAGUGUUUGGGGACCCAUAAGGAAGAGUGUUUUAAUAGGUAUGGUGCUUAG